UUGCUCUUAUGACCACAAAGACUGUUUUAGGAUGCUGCUGAAGUUUGACUGACCAUACUAUUGUAGUGUAGGUUAUUAUUACAGUGCGAGCUGCAAGGCUAAAGAGCGUAGCGUUUUGCUUUAAGGAUAUGAUGCCGUCUAUGGAUACUGGAAUUAUGGGAUGGAGCUCCAUGGACAAAGUUCUGGCAUUGUUUUGGCAACUUCUGCACUUCUUUCAGGCUUUCAGCCUUCCAUGUUCCAGAAGUCCAUCCUCUGUCCAUGUGCAGGUGGCAUUUCAGUGUUUUCCAUCCCGGACAGAUCAUUUUUAUACACUUUUUUUGGGAAACAAGGUUCUGAGCAGUACAGCAGUGUGUGAAGAUGUGUGUGAAUGUGUGAUGAAGUUCAGGGUACCACAAGUUUCUGAGAAGCUGGAAUUCAGUCUACAGUCACACAAUGGCACAGAACUGCUGGAUGCCAAGACUUUCCACUUUGCUCCUCUCAUGACAUCCUCUUUACGCAUGAAUGUCUCAUCCACGACUGCCGUGCUCAGCUGGCCUACUUUAGAUGACGGAGAUGUCUUGGAUGUGUGUUUGGAUAAGCACUGUUGGGUUGUGUCCCGUUUUCAGCCAUUCCACCAGGUUACAGGGUUACAGCCUGGCCGUCGUUACAAUGUCAGUGUGGCAAAGAAAACAUUCAUCCCUCAUCUCCAAAUUAAUGUCACACAAAGCCAUCAGCUGGGUAUAAAGACAGGUCUGUGUCCCGCUGGCUGGCAUGCUGUGGGAUGGAGCUGUUAUAAGGUGAACCUGAUGUUCCUGCCAUGGUCUGGAGCGAAGCAAGAGUGUGAAAGAUCAACCCCAGGGUCGCAUCUGGCCAACACAAAGACAGAUGCAGAGUUUCUAUCUGUCAUAUCCUUCUUAGAAUCCUAUAACCAUCUUCAGCUGUUGUGGACAGCUUUAAAUGACCGUGAGACAGAAGGUGAUUUCCGCUGGUCUGAUGGCUCAACCUAUAAUUUAAAUAUUGAAAUGACAUCAUCGCUUGCAUCCAAUCAAACGGGCUGUGUUGCGAUGCAGAAGAAUGCGACCGAGUGGGAUUCUUCUUCACUGCUUUCCUGUGUUCCCUGCAGUUCCCCUAUAUUUGUCAAGAAGAGUUGUCGCAGAGCAGCGGUGAAUGGCUGUAUUUGGAGAGUGUGUGUGAGACAGAAGCAGUGUUUAUCUGGUCAGAUGUAUCUCACCUGGAUUUAUCUGCUGGUUUUACGCUUGCUCUACAAUCAGAAGAUGAUUCAAAGGAUCCAACCGUCUCACGUGUGGUGCUCACAAACACUCAAGACAUAGUGAGAGUUCAAGGUCUCUCUCCUGGACACGUCUAUCAUUUCUCACUGGUUCUUAAACGGCCCAGUGGGGUGUCUCAGACACUUGGGCCCAUUUUUAUUGCCAAUACAAAGCCGAAUCCUCCUCAGAAUCUCACAGUGACAGCUGUCACGUCCAGUCGGAUUGCAUUGUGUUGGACUGCCCCCGA